ACAUGACAACCUUCUUGGACAACUUGUUGGCAGGACCAGACAGUGAACGCUGGCUGACCGCACACAAUGACCCCUUAGCGGGCAUAUAUACAUUCUCAUCAUGCUUAGCUCUUUCAGAUUUGGGCGGGGACGGAGACUUUCGGUUGGUUAUCGCUGAUUUAGGAUCCGGAGAGUUUAACAUGAAACUCAGGGUCUUCAAGGGAACUCAGCAGGUUACAGAGAAUACAAUAAUAGACCUACCUACCGGAGUAGUAACCUUCCAUAUGGAUACUAAUGAACCAAGAAUACCUGCAAUAGCUGUUGCUUCUGGAUCCCAUAUAUACAUAUACAAGAAUCUGCGACCCUAUUUCAAGUUUACUCUACCAACCCUGGAUAUUCAACCAGCAGAGAGAGAUAUUUGGGAUCAAGCAGCCAGGGAUACACUUAACACUAGCCAGAUCUAUGAGAACCUGUCUAAUCUACGGAAUGAGAUUGGAGAUGCAAGGUUGACAGCUCGGACACAAAGACUUCUGAUGUUAGACAGUUUACAGGAAGUUGAACAGUUUGUUGAAACUCAUAAGAGUUUCCCCCUAAAACGUCAGACUGUGGUGACCUGCAUCGAUACUCUCAACAAAUCAUAUGCAGAGGAAGGGAGUGUAGCUUGUCUUGUGCUCGGUACAGAGAGCAGUUCUGUUUAUAUCCUUGAUCCUGAAGCAUUUACUAUCAUGGAUAGUCUUGCUCUUCCUUCUCCUCCUGUAUUCCUUACGGCUGCAGGACUAUAUGAUGUAGAGUACAGAAUACUAGUGGUAUGCCG